GGCGGAAGUGCGUCACAGGCUCAUGUGACCCCCUUCAAGUACAGAGGGGAGGUUAAUGCGGCUGUAUAAAUUGUGUUAGCGUGCUGCAGAUAUCUGUGACCGUCUGUCUGCUAACCGGGUUUAAAAAAAAACCUCAACUCCAUUCUUACCUGGACCGGUCACCAAGCUAAAUUAUGAAGGUUUGGACCUCCGAACACGUAUUCAACCAUCCUUGGGAAACGGUAACCAAGGCCGCUAUGCAGAAGUACCCCAACCCCAUGAACCCAAGUGUGAUUGGAGUGGAUGUGCUAGACAGACGUGUGGACCACCGGGGUCGCCUCCACAGUAAAAGAAUUCUCAGCACCGAGUGGGGUCUUCCAUCCAUCGUGAAAUCUCUUAUUGGAAAUGCAAGGACAUACACCUACAUUCAGGAAAACUCUGUGGUGGACCCCAAAGAGAAGACUUUUGAACUACAGUCCUCAAAUAUAACGUUCACAAACAUGGUGUCUGUGGAUGAACGGUUAACUUACAAACCACACCCAGAAGAUCCAGAGAAAACAAUACUGACUCAGGAAGCCAUCAUUUCUGUGCAAGGGGUUAGCCUGAGCAGUUACCUGGAGGGAGUUAUGGCCAGUACCAUCUCUAGUAAUGCCGGGAAGGGCCGUGAAGCCAUGGAGUGGGUGAUCAGGCGACUCAAUGCAGAGAUCGAGGAGCUGGCAGCCACGGCGCGAGGCACCCUACGGGCCCCCAUGGCUGCAGCAGUCACCGAGAAAUGACACAGACUUCCUAUUUAGUUUUUGUUAGUUCAAUACAAGUUGCACUGCACAUCUAUACUACCAGUUGCGAUACUCUGGUGCUUUUUCGGUGCUCUUGGUUUUCUGUAUUACCGAGGGGUACACUUUACCAUCUAUAUUCAAUCAGGGCAACAGAUGGCAGCAUUAAGGGGCACAGAGGGGUACUUAUUUAUGGUGAGAUGACAGUUUGCCCCCUCAGGAAAAAUGUAAGCACCCCUGUCUUUGUGUGCUUAGAGCCAGAAAGACCGUAAAGGCACCAGGUAUGGAAGAAAAGUGCCAAAGCUGAGACUGUUGUACUUCCAGAUCUCAUGUGCUGUUCAGAAAACUGUUUCUCAACACAGCAGACUGCACUCACACUGACUUAGGAUGGGAGAUAUAUAAAUAUAAGCAUAAAUGGUUGGAGAAUCCUACUCCAUCUUAGCAAUCCGAACUUUCAGGGUCAGUUUGAUUUCUUUAUUAGAACCAUCUCUGUAAUGUUUCUCUGUGGGACCUCAGCAAACAGUCUGUUUUGAAUGUAUGUAUUGUUGUAUAAAGACUUAUUGUGUUAUUUAAGUUAAAUGAAGGGAUCAAUGUUCUCGCCAUAUUUAUAUUUUUAAAGUAAGACCUCAUCAGAUACUGCCUUUCUGUCACAAUGUGAACGUGUCGUCUGUCAACUUUAAGUUAAACGCUAAAACUGAACGUGUGUGAACGUCAGCAGUUAACAGUUGGUGGUCUUUCACUUCAGAGGUCGCUGCAGGUGCCGCACAAUGACGCCGCUGUAACUGUACGAACUGUUCUAUUGUAUUUUAGAAGGUCUUCUUUGAUACAAUUUUUCUAAACCUUUAAAUGUAUUUAUUUAGGAAAACUGUUUAUUUCUUUGUAGUCUUUAAUGAUUUUUUUUCCAUCAAAAAGAAUGUAUAACUAUUGCAGUUUUACCUGUGAACAGCAAAAAAA